AUGGGGGACAAAACGUUAUUCUGGGUUGACGUUUGGAUCGGAAACGAGCCGCUGAGAAUACAAUUCCCAAACUUGUAUCAGCUGUCAUCGAAGAAAAAAACGAAGAUUAGGGAUGUCUACAGAACGAUAAGUGGGGGCACGUUUUGGGAUUGGGGUUGGAUAAGGACGCCGAACAGUGAAGAGGAAAAGCAAGAAACGAAUAUACUGAAGGAGCGUCUACAACAACAGAGAAUGACAGAGACAGGGGACGUAUGGGUAUGGAAGAACUAUGAAGAUCAGGAAUUUUGUAGUGUAGCUUUUGUAUGGAGAGCGUUAGACGAAAAGAUUCCAUCAGUCGUGGCUUUAAGGAAUAGAGGCAUGAAUAUACAAGACGUUAGGUGCAAGAUAUGCGGUGCUGAAGACGAAACUGCCGGCCAUAUAUUACUAAGAUGCAAUUUAGCUAAGAGAAUCUGGGAAGCGCUAUCGAUGUGGACAAGAUUUCCGAUGCUUAAUACAGUCGAUAGUGUUUCGAAACUACUGCAGUUGAUAUUGGAAAGUCAUAGGAGCCGAUUAGUCAGAAAGCUACUACAUGCGAUAGCCAUUCAAUCCAUGUGGAUCAUGUGGAAGAACAGAAUAGGAAGACAGAGGGCGCUUCAAAUGAUUGAUGAAGACAUAAAAGAUACAACCUUUCAAGGGGUGAAGUCUCGAUCGAAGUUUAACACAAUGACAAAACAAGAAUGGUGGGACUUUAAUUUAAAUUUGUAA